UGCUAUCUUACACUUUCUUAUACUGAUUGUGCUUUUUUACCCGCAAUCUUUAUUGCAGGCUUAUGCCAAAUUUUCUGGUGCACCGCUGACAGUGAAUACUAUAAAUAACUUUUGGAGAGCUCCAAAAGGAGAUGUACCAGUCCUGGUAUCAGAAGACAUUGUUAUUUCUCAGCCAGCAAAAAUACUAAACUUCUUAAGAAAGCAGAAAUAUAAUGCCGAUUAUGAAUUGUCUGCGAAACAAGGAGCGGAUACACUGGCAUACAUUGCACUACUUGAAGAGAAACUUCUUCCUGCCCUGCUGCACACUUUCUGGGUCGAGGCUGAAAAUUACUGCAGUGUGACAAAGCCAUGGUUUGCCUCAAGGAUUGCCUUCCCACUGAGUUUGUAUCUGCCUGGAAAGAUGUCCAGGGAAGCGCUGAACAGGAUCUUGAUGACUAGGGGAGGGCCUCCACUCUACAGUCUCACCGAAGUGGAAGCACAGAUAUACAGGGAUGCCAAGGAGUGCCUAAAUCUCCUGUCGAAGAGAUUGGGAACAUCUCAGUUUUUCUUUGGACAUACGCCUACCACCUUGGAUGCCUUUGUGUUUGGUUUCCUUGCACCAAUUUAUAAAGUGUGCUUCCCCAGAGUACAAUUACAAGAGCAUUUGAAACAGCUUCCCAAUCUGUGUCGAUUCUGUGAUGAUAUUUUAACUUGCUACUUCAGGUUAACUGUCUCAGGCCAUUCUCCAGCUGGACAGGAUACAGCAGAUGCUAAUCUGCAGAAACUCACACAGCUUGUAAAUAAGGAAUCCAACUUGAUUGAAAAGAUGGACGACAACCUUCGUAAGAGUCCUCAGCAUCCCCCUCGAAAGCUAACAACACUCAAGCUUGCUGCAGGUGGAGAAGGCAGUCCAUUGAAUCGUUUGUCACCUUGA